AUGCUCAACUUCCCAAACCUCGAGCAGUUCGGCGUCUUUCUCUACCACUCGUUUCAUCCAACCAUCGACGACGGGACCCAUCAGCGCACGCGCGAGCUCCUGGACGCGCUUGCCUCGUGCUCACGCCUGCGUUCCCUCCACAUCACCCACGGCGAGCCAGAGACCCGUCCCUUCUACUCUCUGCGCCGACCUGUCCUGUCCAGCGCCCGUGUCGACCUCCUCCGCGACCACUUCUCCCGCACACCACCCGCGCACCCCCAUCUCGAGGAGCUCAAGAUCACGAUCACUUACUGGGCCAAGGACGUCGAACGGGCGUGGGCCGCCGUCAUCUCGCAGCUCGCGGCCGCACUCUGCGACCGCGCGCGGUACCCCGCCUUCCGCCGCCUCUGCGUCUGCAAGGCUGUCGCCUUCGAUCGCACGCCGGGACCCCACGAUCCCGAUCUGGAGGCGGCGCGCAGGAUCUGCUCCCGCUUGUUCUCGGGCUUCGCGGUGCCGGGCGUGGAGGUCGUCGUGGAGGCAAAGGUCUUGUUUGGCGAGUUCGCUGAGAAGGAAGAUUUCGGGUUGGAUCCGGGUGUCCCUGACGGCCGAUGA